AUGAAGAGCCGAAUCCCUGUGGUGCUUCUGGCCUGUGGCUCCUUCAACCCUAUCACCAACAUGCACUUGCGCUUGUUCGAGGUGGCCAGAGACCACCUGCACCAAACAGGAAUAUAUCAGGUAGUCGAGGGCAUCAUCUCCCCCGUCAAUGACAACUACAAGAAGAAAAACCUUGUGGCGGCCAAGCACCGGGUGGCCAUGGCUCAGCUGGCCCUGCAGACAUCAGACUGGAUCCGGGUGGACCCCUGGGAGAGUGAGCAGGCACAGUGGAUAGAGACGGUGAAGGUGCUGAGGCAUCACCACCAGGAACUGCUCAGAGCUCUGCCCCCGACCGAAGGCCCUGGUGACAAGGCACUCUCCUCGGCCCCUGCAGCUGUGCCAGAGCUGAAGCUUCUCUGUGGGGCAGAUGUUUUGAAGACCUUCCAGACCCCCGACCUCUGGAAAGAGUCACACAUCCAGGAAAUAGUGGAGAAGUUUGGCUUGGUGUGCGUGGGCAGAGCAGGGCAUGACCCGAAGGAGUACAUCUCGGAAUCGCCCAUCCUACGGAGGUACCAGCACAACAUUCACUUGGCCAGGGAGCCUGUGCAGAACGAGCUCAGUGCCACAUACAUCAGGAGCGCCUUGGCCCAAGGGCUGAGUGUGAAGUACCUGCUUCCCGAUGCUGUCAUCGGCUAUAUCAAGGACCACAAGCUGUACACCAAGGAUGGCCCCUGGGCAGCCAGAAGCACCCUGAGGAACGAAGAAGAGGCCAGCUAA